AUGAGCUUACUUUCGAGGCUUACAGUCAGCACGAUCGGCCUCUUCAGCAAGACCCUCCUCAGUCCUGCAACUUCCGCCUCCGUAACGGUCAAUGGUCUCGACAACUUGAAGAAGGCGCUGGCCGACGACGAACGCAGUAAUGGGAGGGGAAUCAUUACUGACUCAUUUCAUAAAACACACAGCCUGGAUGACCCCGGAGCUUGGGGGGUUCUCCCGUUAAGCCACUACUGGAACUGCUCGCGUAUGACGCGGUGGACUCUGGGCGCGUCGGACGUCAUCUUCACGAACCCUAUGUUCUCUCACUUCUUCCGGGCCGGCCAAGUCAUCGAGACGUUCAGGGGGAAAGGGAUCUUCCAGCCCGCCAUCGACGAUGCGAUUCAAAGGCUAAACCAGGGGGACUGGAUUCACUUCUUCAGCGAAGGAAAAGUCAACCCAGCUUCGUGCGACCCAAAGAGUCCAAUGGCCGGCAAGCUCUUACGUUUCAAGUGGGGCGUUGGUCGUGUCAUCAUGGAAGCACAACACGCACCUAUCAUCAUUCCUAUGUGGAUCACAGGGUUUGACAAACUGAUGCCCGAAGGACGAUCUUUCCCGUACAAAUACAUCCCUCAAAGGGGAGCGCACAUCAGCGUCACCUUUGGAGAGCCCGUUCUCGCAGACGAACUUCGUGACACGUUGUCGACGCUCAUCUCGAGGCGCGGGAUACCCGGAGCGCCUCGAGGCACAUCAGGCGGGCUUGGUGAUCCGGUCCGACUUGCCCAAGAAACUCAUAGCGCGGAAGUUGCGAUGAGUGGUUGGCUGCACGGACCGGUAGCGCAGGCAUUGCACGGCAUAGGGGACGGUGAGGCGGCAAUAGAGAUCGCGAGAGUGAGGAGUGCGGUAACCGCUGUGAUUCAGAGGGAUGUUGAAAAGCUUGGUAGACGUAUCUUAGGGAUCCAAACAUGA